CUCCCUUUCAGAGUGAUCGUCUCCUCAUCAAAGGGGCAAAGAUAGUGAACGAUGAUCAGUCAUUCUUGGCUGAUAUCUACAUGGAGGAUGGAGUCAUCAAGCAAAUAGGAGAUAACCUCAUUGUUCCAGGGGGAGUGAAGAUCAUAGAGGCACAUGGGAGAAUGGUGAUGCCUGGAGGUAUCGAUGUGCACACCCGCUUCCAGAUGCCUGACCGAGGCAUGGUGGCAGCAGAUGACUUUUACCAGGGCACCAGGGCAGCUCUAGCUGGAGGGACGACUAUGAUCAUUGACCAUGUGGUGCCGGAGCCCGGCGUCAGCUUGGUUGCAGCUUUCAAACAGUGGAGGGAAUGGGCUGAUAGCAAAUCCUGUUGCGACUAUUCUCUUCAUGUGGACCUCACCGACUGGAACAAAGGUGUUCAAGAAGAGAUGGAGACCCUUGUUAAGGAUCAUGGUGUCAACUCUUUCCUGGUCUAUUUGGCUUAUAAGGAUGUUUUCCAACUUUCUGACUCUCAGAUCUAUGAGGUGUUCAGUGUCAUCAGGGACCUGGGUGCCAUUGCACAGGUGCAUGCUGAGAAUGGAGACAUCAUUGCAGAGGAGCAGAGGCGUAUUCUCGAGCUUGGUAUCACUGGGCCUGAAGGUCAUGUGCUUAGCCGUCCAGAGGAGGUGGAGGCAGAGGCAGUCAAUCGCUCUGUCACCAUAGCCAAUCAGACCAACUGUCCCCUCUACAUCACCAAGGUGAUGAGCAAGAGUGCUGCUGAUGUCAUCGCUCUCUCCAGGAAAAAGGGUGCUGUGGUCUAUGGAGAACCUAUAUCUGCCAGCUUGGGCACAGAUGGUACCCAUUACUGGAGCAAGAACUGGGCCAAGGCAGCAGCCUAUAUCACUUCUCCACCACUCAGUCCUGAUCCCACAACCCCUGACUACCUCAGCUCUCUGUUGUCAUGUGGGGACUUGCAGGUGACUGGUAGCGCUCACUGCACUUUCCAGACUUCUCAGCGUGCUGUAGGCAAAGAUAACUUCACCAUGAUCCCAGAGGGCACCAACGGCACUGAGGAGAGGAUGUCCCUAAUCUGGGACAAAUGUGUGGUGACUGGAAAGAUGGACGAGAAUCAGUUUGUGGCAGUGACCAGCACAAACGCGGCUAAGAUCUUCAACCUUUAUCCGCGCAAGGGCCGCAUCGCUGUGGGCUCCGAUGCUGAUCUCGUGCUGUGGGACCCAGAUUUCACCAAGAUCAUCUCAGCCAAGAGCCACAACCUGGCUGUGGAGUAUAACAUCUUUGAGGGCACAGAAGUGCGUGGAGGUCCCCUGGUGGUAAUCAGCCAGGGUAAGAUUGUGUUGGAGGAUGGCAGCCUUCACACCACGGAGGGCUGUGGGCGCUACGUCAGCCGCAAACCCUUCCCAGACCAAGUGUACAAGAGGAUAAAGGCUCGCAGCAGGCUGACAGAGUUGCGAGGAGUCCCCAGGGGCCUGUACGAUGGGCCGGUUUGCGAGGUGACUGUGACACCCAAGGUGAUGUCCACCGUCUCCUCAGUGAAGACUUCUCCUGCCAAGCAGCAGCAGCCGCAACAACAGCAGGUUCCUCUUCAGCCUGUGCGCAACCUGCACCAGUCUGGCUUCAGUCUGUCUGGUGCCCAAGUUGAUGACAACGUUCCCCGUCGUAACACUCAGCGCAUCGUGGCUCCCCCCGGUGGAAAAGCCAACAUCACCAGCCUCGGCUAAGCUGUUUUCUCACUUUGGUGCAGGGCAUUAUGGGACCAGAAUCCACCAUUAACCAUCAUCACAUCACACCUGGUCCACAACACAAACCUGUGACUCCCCCUGCACCCCACCCGAAAGCACUCCAUCCAUUCUCAUUCACACACUACUGCAUCACCUCAUGCAAAACAAGAAAAAGCACUAUUGCAUUUUGUUUAAUCUCUCCUGCCAUAUUCCAUUGUUAAGGAAGAGUCAAGUGAAUUGAAACAGCUCACUAUUUUGUGUUGUUUUUUUCAAGCCCAGUGUGACUAUUGAUGAAAUUAAUUUGUUUACAUUUGUUUAUUUUAUUUUUUUUGUAUAAUUUGUGCUGUACAGUACAUGUUUGAGUUGUUAAGUUGCCUUUUCUGCUCAAAAGUCAACAGAAAACGAAUCCAAGAAGCAGUCAGUUUUAUGAGCUGGCAUUUUUAGAAGUAGCAUAGCAUUUGUUUACAAUUUUUCUUCUCGUGCUGUUCAUUUCCCAGAUAUGAAACAGAUUGUGCUGGCGGUCGUGCUACAACCACCUGUCCACAUGCGUUACAUUGUUGUAACAUUGCUGUUUUAGUACA